GCUAGGGUUCUUCUCCAAACAGAGUGAACCGAAAGGUCUCUGGGAAAAACCAGAGCUGCCAACCUAAUGCAACGUCCACCAAGUUUCGGACGCUUCUUUGCUCGAGAGCAUGAUGAACGCCGACAGCACGAGCUCUGGCGAAGGUCGGAGCGGUCGGGGUCAACAGAGCACGAGUAUGUCGUGCUCUUGAGCUUUAGAGGUUCGGAUACUCGCAAUGGUAUCGCCAAUCACCUCUACAAUGGGCUCGUCGACGCGGCACUGACCGUGCCAAUCUCCGUGUUCAGCGAAGCCGAGCACCUGCCGAUGAGCAGCCAGUUCAGCUCGCAGCCUCAAGUGGCGGGGUCCGAGGUUUCGAUCCCCAUCCUCUCUGAGAGUUACGCUGCCAGCAAACGGUGCCUCUGUGAGCUUGUUCAGAUGAUGGAGAACAGGAAGAGCGCGGGACACGUGGUCAUGCCCUUCUUUCACACAGUCGAGUUCGACAGGGCCUUCUGUUCACACGAGAUGUGCUUUGAGCAAAGGGAGGUGGAGGAGGCAGGGCAGCAGGGGCUUAGAGAUCUCAGCAUCUUGAAAGGAUGGGAAUCAGAGAAAAUCGCUAACGGGCACCAAGGAGAAUUUGUAAGAAUAGUUGUUAAAACGGUUCUGACUGAGAUUCGACAAGGUUUUCAAGUAGAUGUUCCUGAGCUUUUGGUUGGAAUUGAUGAUCAUAUGAAGAAGAUUAUGGGAUUGCUGGAUACUACUGGUACCCGAGCAAUUGGAAUAUACGGCAUGGGUGGCAUUGGCAAAAUCAUAUUCACCUUCGGAGGAUUCGCGCAUCGCAGCUUCCUUCCAGAUAUUCAUUAAACGAUCGAUCAUUCUUCUCGAUGAUGUGGAUCAUAAGCAUCAUCUACAUGCUAUGACCAGAGAACGAAAUUGGUUUAUGCUGGGAAGUAAGAUCAUCGUCACGUCUGGAUAUGAAGCUAUGCUUAAUUAAGGUGAAAUGUGGAUUACACUACAAGUAUGAACUCGAGGAAGGUGCCUUUUAAGAUAAAUCUAGAAAGACUUCCUUUAGCCCUUGAGGUCAUAGGUUCAUAUUUGUUUGUAUAAUCCAACAAGAAAAGAUGGGAAGUGCCUAAAAAUUUAAAAAAGAGUCUCAAAGAG